GGAGCCGCGGCCUCCCCAGCUAGUGGUCGCGGGGCGGGCGCAGGGGCAGCGGGGUCGCCGCCGCGCCAGGCGUGGAACCGGAUCUGGCGGGCUCCGAGAGACCCGGGAGCGGCGCGCAGAGCAGCCUCCGGCCGCCGCCGCGCAGAGCUGCCAGAGUGGAGUGCACUGCUUCUCCCAGCGGGGCAGGAUGGCGGGUUCUUGUCUGGUUGGAUAAGGCCUUACCGGCAGAAAAGAGCUCCAUCUCCAGGCCUGAGCAGAGGCGCGCAUCUCCCCACUCCCAGGCUAGGUCAGGAUGGGCAGCGUGCGCCUGCCUCGCCCCUCCCUCCUGCUGGUCUCCACCCGGGGGUCUUGUCUCUUCCUCCUCUUCUGCCUGCGCCUGGGCGCCACCUGCCCGCAGCCCUGCCGGUGCCCUGACCAUGCAGGGGCUGUGGCUGUCUACUGCAGCUUGCGGGGCCUGCAGGAGGUCCCCCAGGACAUCCCGGCCGACACCGUGCUCCUGAAGCUGGAUGCCAACAAGAUCUCCCACCUCCCAGACGGGGCCUUCCAGCACCUGCACCGGCUCAGGGAGCUGGAUCUGUCUCACAACACCAUCGAGGCCAUUGGCCCCGCCACCUUCGCGGGCCUGGCCGGGGGCCUGCGCCUGCUGGAUCUGUCCUACAACCGCAUCCAGAGGAUCCCCAAGGAUGCCCUGGGCAAGCUCAGUGCCAAGAUACGCCUGUCCCACAACCCCUUGCACUGCGAGUGUGCCCUGCAGGAGGCCCUGUGGGAGCUGAAGCUGGACCCUGACUCCGUGGACGAGAUCGCCUGCCACACCUCAGUGCAGGAGGAGUUUGUGGGGAAGCCUCUGGUUCAGGCUCUGGAUGCAGGUGCCAGCCUCUGCAGCGUCCCCCACAGGACCACAGACGUGGCCAUGCUGGUCACCAUGUUCGGCUGGUUCGGCAUGGUGAUCGCCUAUGUCGUUUACUAUGUGCGCCACAACCAGGAGGAUGCCCGGAGGCACCUGGAGUACCUGAAGUCUCUGCCCAGCGCCCCCGCCUCCAAGGACCCCAUUGGCCCGGGGCCCUAGCGCCUGUCCCGGCAGACCCCGCCUCCAAGGACCCCAUUGGCCCGGGGCCCCAGCGCCUGUCCCGGCAGACCCCGCCUCCAAGGACCCCAUUGGCCCGGGGCCCCAGCGCCUGUCCCGGCAGACCCCGCCUCCAAGGACCCCAUUGGCCCGGGGCCCCAGCGCCUGUCCCGGCAGACCCCGCCUCCAAGGACCCCACUGGCCCGGGGCCCUAGCGCCUGUCCCGGCAGACCCCACCUCCAAGGACCCCAUUGGCCCGGGGCCCUAGCGCCUGUCCCGGCAGACCCCGCCUCCAAGGACCCCAUUGGCCCGGGGCCCUAGCACCUGUCCCGGCAGACCCCGCCUCCAAGGACCCCAUUGGCCCGGGGCCCUAGCGCCUGUCCCGGCAGACCCCGCCUCCAAGGACCCCAUUGGCCCGGGGCCCUAGCGCCUGUCCCGGCAGACCCCGCCUCCAAGGACCCCAUUGGCCCGGGGCCCCAGCGCCUGUCCCGGCAGACCCCUGCCGAUGGCUGCUGUCACUUCUGUAGUAGAUGGUAACGGAUGAUGCUUUUGCUAUUCCCUGAGACAGGUAUCACAGCCAUGUGUGUUGUGCUCCCCCACUGUUGCCCUCGAGCACAGCAGCACCCCCAGGCUGGAUGGUUUUGCCAUCACAUCCGUGUGACGGAUGAGGAACCUGAAGCUUAGAGAAACAGAAUGACUGCCUGUGACGACACCAUCAGGAAAUGAUCCCAAUGGGACUUCAACCUGGGCUGUCCAUCGUGACAUUCCGCCUCCUUCCACCAUGCGAGCCUCUCCCACACAGGGCCCGCAGGCUGUGGAUAUGCACACAGAGGACACGGAGUGCUCCACAAGCGUGAGGGUUCACGAGAGGGGGCUUGGGUUCAGGUUCACCUGCUGAAGGCGCUGAUAAGUCCUGUGCUGAGGAGCUGGCUUGCCCUUGUUUACCUACAAAGUGCACUGUAGGUAAACAUGAGCCUUGUUCCACUGUUCCAGGCACAUUGGAACAUGAGCCCUGUUUCCAAAGUAAGAGACCAGGAUUUUCUAGAGAGCUAAGUGGGAUGUGUAGCUCAAACUGCCCUAAGCUUUUUAUUCUCACAAUGUUUGAGUAACCCUGGUGCCAAAAUUUCAGUCCAGUAAUGGGGUGAACACUAUGGAGACAGACCUGGCAAAAGUCCAAGGUAGCUUACCUAGGGGAAGACAGCAGCCACAUACCUGGGGCCCUGCCUGCUUCCUGCCCCUCUGGCUGUGCCUGUUGUGGGAGGCCCUGCCCCGGGGUGAUCUCGGCUCACUGCAACCUUCGCCUCCCAGGCUCAAUCACUUCUCCUGCCUCAACCUCCUGAGUAGCUGGAAUUACAGGCACCUGCCACCAUG